GACAAGUCGGUUAACUUGAUAAACGCCCCAACCAAACCUAAGUCACUGAACUGAAAUCGACAAAAUUUAAUUGAAAUCCAACUCUUGAAUAUCCCUCCUUUACUCUGCCAUCCUCUUCGGUCUCCGUCGUCGGCUAUUUUCGAUUUCUUCUGUCUACAGUUAUCCUCUGUUCGUCUUCGCCAGUGCAUCGACGAGGGUUGCGUCACCGGCAUUCUUAUCAGAGUCGACCGUCAUAGAUUUGAUAAAUGGCUGGACUUAAAGAGAGUAGGAGAGAUAGAGGAAGGGAAAGAAGUCGUCGAGAGGAAAGUGGAGAGGAAAGUGAUGGUGACUGUAGGAGAGAUAGGAAAAGGGAGAGAAGACAUCGAGAUGAGAGUGGCGAGGAAAGCGAUGGUGAGCACAGGAGAGAUAAGGAAAAAGAGAGAAGACGUCCAAAGGAGAGUGCAGAGGAAAGUGACGAUGAGCGGAGAAGAGAAAGGGAAAAACGGAGAAGACUUCGGGAUGAGAGUGGAGAGGGAAAGAAGCAUCUUGAAUAUGCAAAUCGGGACAGGCAUAGGGAGAGAAUACGAGAUGAGAGUGGUAGAGAUAGGGAUAGGCGUAGAAGAUCAGAGAGGGAUGAGGAUGAUUGGAAGCAAAGAAAGAAAGACGAGGGUAGAGAUGGCCAAUCUGAUAGAGAUAAGGAAAAGGAGAAGGAUAGGAAACGCGAAGACAAUCAAAGGGAAGAGGGGGAGUUGGUUGAGGAUUCCAAAAAAUCCAAUUUGCAUGAGGAGAAUGUGAAUGCUAAUGGUAAUGCAAAUUUGAGUUUAGGGAGAAGUGGAGGGGUUUAUAUCCCACCUUUUAAGUUGGCAAGGAUGAUGAAGGAGGUGGAAGAUAAAAGCAGUGUUGAGUACCAGCGUUUGACAUGGGAUGCUCUUCGUAAGAGUAUAAACGGGCUUGUUAACAAAGUUAAUGCUACUAACAUAAAGAAUAUCAUUCCAGAAUUGUUUGCAGAGAAUCUGAUUAGAGGAAGAGGUCUUUUUUGUCGGUCGUGUAUGAAAUCACAAAUGGCAUCUCCUGGUUUUACCGACGUGUUUGCAGCUUUGGCCGCUGUUGUUAACACCAAAUUUCCGGAGGUGGGUUUGCUUUUGCUGAGAAGGAUUGUUUUGCAGUUCCAGAGAGCUUAUAAGCGGAAUGACAAGCCACAAUUACUAGCAGCAGUCAAGUUUAUAGCACAUUUGGUAAAUCAGCAAGUGGCUCAUGAGAUUAUUGCUCUAGAGUUGCUCAUGCUUCUGCUGACCAAACCAACAGAUGACAGUGUGGAAGUAGCUGUUGGUUUUGUCACUGAGUGUGGAUCAAUACUUCAAGAUCUUUCACCAAGAGGACUUCAUGGUAUUUUUGAGCGGUUUCGUGGAAUUCUUCAUGAAGGAGAGAUAGACAAACGUGUCCAGUUCUUGAUUGAAGGACUGUUUGCUAUAAGGAAAGCCAAAUUUCAGGGUUACCCAGCUGUUCGUCCAGAGUUGGACCUUGUAGAGCAGGAAGAUCAAUUUACACACGAGAUAUCCCUUGACGAUAAGGUGGAUCCAGAGAUUACACUUGAUAUUUUCAAACCAGAUCCUCAGUUCCUGGAGAAUGAAAAACGUUAUGAAGAAUUGAAGAAAACAAUCCUAGGUGAGGAGUCUGAUGAUGAGGAAGGCUCUGAUGCAGCUUCAGGUGAUGAGGAUGAUGAUGACGACGAUGAGUCUGAAGAAGAUGAUGAAGAGCAGAUGCAAAUAAACGACGAAACUGAAACAAACCUAGUAAAUCUUCGGAGGACAAUUUAUCUAACAAUCAUGUCUAGUGUAGAUUUUGAAGAGGCUGGCCACAAACUUCUGAAAAUCAAACUAGAGCCUGGUCAAGAGAUGGAGUUGUGUAUAAUGCUCUUGGAGUGUUGCAGUCAGGAGAGAACUUACCUUCGGUAUUAUGGUCUUUUGGGGCAGCGGUUUUGCAUGAUAAACAAAGUCCAUCAAGAAAAUUUUGAGAAAUGCUUCGUCCAGCAAUAUUCGAUGAUUCAUCGCCUUGAAACCAACAAGUUACGUAAUGUUGCCAAGUUUUUUGCCCAUUUACUUGGAACAGAUGCUUUGCCUUGGCAUGUUUUGGCCUAUAUUCGUUUAACUGAGGAGGACACGACUUCUUCUUCCCGAAUCUUCAUAAAGAUUCUCUUCCAGGAAUUGUCGGAGCAUCUUGGCAUUCGAUUGCUGAAUGAGAGGCUUACAGAUCCCAUAAUGCAAGACUCAUUUGAAUCCAUUUUCCCUAAGGACAAUCCAAAGAACACGCGGUUUUCCAUCAACUUCUUCACAUCCAUUGGGCUCGGUGGCAUCACUGAAAACUUGCGUGAAUACCUAAAGAACAUGCCAAGGCUCAUAAUGCAACAACAAAAACCUGCUUCAGAAUCAGAAUCAGGAUCGGCUGAUGAAUCUGGUAGUUCUAGUUCAUCUGAUUCAGAGACAGCUAGCUCAGACUCCGAAUCAUCAAGUUCUGAAGAUGAACAGGACAGAAGACGCAGAAAGCGAACUAGAAGACACUAAAGCCAAUUCGGUUCUUUCAAAAAAGUCUUGUAGUUUGUUGCAUGUGAUGAGCAGUUUUAAGUAAUACUUGUUCUUUUUUAUCUGUAAAAUAUUUUUCUUUUCUCAAUAUAUACUGAUUUAUGCA